AUGUCGCUCCCUGCAGUUGUUAAAGUCGUUCCAGGAAGGACAGUUUUCUUUGUCUGUGAUCUGCAGACUCGCUUCAGAGCAGCUAUUCAUGGUUUUAGCGAUGUGAUUUCGACAGCAAGCAAGAUGCUCAAGGUUGCAAAGGUCCUCGAUGUUCCAGUGGUGUUCACGGAGCAGAAUUCACGAGCCCUCGGUUCGACCGUCCCAGAGUUGGACGUCGAAUCCCUCGGACCGCUAUAUCUGGGCGCCAUCGAGAAGACGCUCUUCUCUAUGCUGACACCUGAAGUUAAAUCCUUGCUCAAAGAACGUAACUUCAAGUCGGUUGUCCUGUUUGGCAUCGAGGCAAUCGCACGUGUGCGUCCUGCAAUCAACUCUCGAUCUCCUUGA